AUGAGUCUCAUAGACCGCCAAAGGGAAGUCAUGGCCCACGCUUGGCACUGCUUUGAUGCAGAACCCAAAGUCAACUGCGAAAAGCUCGCGGCUUUGGCAGGCUUUGCAAACGCAGCAUCCGCGAAUGCCUUCUGGCACAAGAUCAAGGCGAAAUUGGUCUCGACACCAAAUUCCGCUGGCACUAUCAGCAAGCCCAGCGGUAUUGCCAGCAAGCAGCGUGGGCGCUUGAAAGGAUCGAAGUGCAUCUCGAAGAAGCCACCAAAGCUGAAAAGCAGCGCAUCCGGCAAGAAACUGGAGAUGAGCACAGGAGGGGCUCUAUUGCCAAUGCAGCGGAUUCCGCUCGAGAGUGGUUCACUGAAUGAUAGGAGCGGUCACUUCAAUCAUCGAAGCUCGCCUCAAGACACGGCAGCGAUCACCGGUGUGAUCCUGCCAGACGGUCUCGAGGAAGCGUCGCUGACUCUGAACGGUGAAGAAGGAUGA